CUGUGGAGAAAGGAGUGCCAGGCUGUGAGUGAGGUAUUGUUAUUAUUAUUAUUAUUAUUCAUGAGGGUUGUGUUGUGUUGUGUUGUGACCUUCCUUCAUCCUUCGGCACCUCCAAACAAAUUAACUAUAAAAAUGUUAGAAGCAACCUUAGUUAUGGAAGUAGCAUGUUUAUGUUGGCAUAGAUAACCUUGUUUGUUUGAUGAUGGGGUUUUGAAAGCAGAGCCAUUCGUGUGGGUCUCUGAAGGGUCCUUGCUUACGUACAUAACCCCCCACGUUUUCUUUUCUCUUCCCAAUUAAUUUUCCCUCUUCUUCUCUUUUCUCUCCCUCUACUAAAACCCCCUCUUUUCCCUCAAACUCUCUUCAUCUCACUUUCCUUGUUACAUUUUCUCACUCUUUCAUCGCACACACUGUGUCACUGUCAUAGGGACAUUGUUACAAACAUCAAACCAAGAACAGCAACAAAGAAAGUUCUAUUCUUUUUAACAUGGUCGACCCAGCACCCUCCUCGGAAUCAGAGACAAGAAACGCCGUUGGUUCUGGUUCUGGUUCUGUUUCUUCGCCGUCAUCGUCAUCGUCCAGUUCCAAGAAACGAGGUAGAAGCAGCGACAACAAUGGUAGUAGUAACGACGGCAAGCAUUCGGUGUACAGAGGAGUCAGAAUGCGGACGUGGGGGAAAUGGGUGUCGGAAAUCCGCGAGCCGCGGAAGAAGAACCGAAUCUGGCUCGGCACCUUCGCCACCGCCGAGAUGGCGGCGCGUGCGCACGACGUGGCGGCGCUCACCAUAAAGGGCUCCUCGGCCAUCCUUAACUUCCCCGAACUCGCCGCCUCCCUGCCGCGCCCCGCCUCCAACUCCCCCCGCGACGUGCAGGCCGCCGCCGCCAAGGCCGCCUCCAUGGAGGCGCCUCCCCGGACCCCUCCCUCCCCGCCCGCAGCGCCGGAGGACGACCUCGGCGAGAUUGUGGAGCUGCCGCCGCUGGGGUCCAGCUUCGACUCGCCCGACCCGAAUACGGAGUUCGUGUUCCUCGACCCGGAUGAAGGGUGGCCCUAUCCUCACCCGUGGUGCCACGGCAUUUAUGACGGUGGGUACUUCAUCGGUGACAUGAACAUGAACAUGGUUUCAAUGCAAGAGUCAGAAAGCAUGGUUCUUUCCUUGUGGCCUUGAACUCAGGCAACAAACAAAUUAUUACACUAAUGCUACCCAUUGAAGUAUGGUUUUUUUUUUCUUCAUAUUUUUGUGUGUGGUAUUUAGUUCAUCAUCGUGUUUGUUUUUCUUAAAGUAUCUGGUAAAAAAAAAAAUUCGAUUUUUCAGGCUCAUGUAUAUGGAAUAGAAAAAUAAUAUCUAUUGACCUGCCAAAAUCGAUACAAUAUAUCGAGAAAUUAUACCAUAAUUCUCGAUUAGGAACUUUAGGUUCAACAAUUUUCAUUAUUUUUGUAUUUUUUUUCCUUUUAUUUUCUUUUCCUGAAUUGCAUAGUACUUAUUUAUCAUAUGGGCCCUUCGGCAAUUUUUUCCUUUCAAGGGUCAUAAUAUAUGAAUAUUUUUUUGUUUCUUGCU